CAUACAAUGACCGCAUCUGAGGUUCGCAGAUCUGAGGCCCUGUAUCUUCUAGAUCACAGUCAGACAGUGUCAAGCUGGACAGGGAUCUGACUGUGCCCAGACAGCGCUGAAACUCCCACUAUUUCAUUUGCUUGUGUCUUCUUCCAGCCAAGAAAUCAUUAAUAUCCGCAGACACUGGAAGUUUAAAAGCAAGACUCAUUGCUUGCUUAACAACCAUCGCAUCAACGCCCAAUCUACCAAACAGACAUGACCGAGUCAGCAACCACGUCAAACCUUCUGCCCACCGACUUUGUCGGGACCACUAUGGCCGGCGUGCAGAACGAGGAUGGCAAAUUUCGCAUAUACUUCCAGAACAAAGACUACCAGAUCUGUGAAAUGUCGUUGAACGAUCCGAACAGCACGUCCCACACCAUUCUCAAACUCACCACUGCUACUAUUCCCACUGCCCGUAUCAACACGCCCAUCGCAGCCUUGUCGUGGGACAACUUGCGACAGAUCCGGGUGUAUUAUAUCACUAUGAAUAGCCAUGUCCAGGAGAUUUCCUACACUCAGGGCGUUGGUUGGCACAAAGACUCGGAUUUAGGCAUUGCAAUUGACAACAGCAACUGCUUGUAUGCGCAGCGCCAACCCAAGGAGCCCUUCGUGAGGGUCGGGUUCCAGUCUUCUACGGCUCCCCAGACUAUCACAGAAGCUUGUUACUAUCAGGGCGGAUGGAAGAAUCGUAUACUGUAAAUUGGAAGAGGGUAUUAGUGUACAUUGAC